CGCCGCCCGCCCCGCACUUUCGGCUUCCAGAAAGCAGCGGCCGCUGCGCCGCCUCCGCCCGGGGCUGCGUCCUCCUGCUCGACCCGCUGGCCAUGGAGCUUCGAGCAGCGGAUCGCAUGCAGUCGGCGCGGCCCGGCCUCUCCUCCCGGUACCCAGCUCCGACCCUGGCCCAGCCCCAGCCGUGGAGACAGCAGCCUCCCGAGUGCUGAGAGCAGAAGCAGCAUGAAGGCCUGGAGUCGGCUCCUGCUGGUCAUCCUGUGUUCUGUGGGCUUCUCCGCCGCCUGCUUCCUGCUCUGCUGCUGGGCCUGCCUGCCCGUCUGCCUGGCCUCCUGCCUGGACCCCCGGCUCGCUCCCCAGGCCAGGCCCACCGUGCCGGGACCCUUGCACUUUAAUGGCUACAGUAGCGUCCCCGAUGGGAAGCCGCUGGCCUGGGAGCUGUGCCGCAGCUGCGCCGUGGUGUCCAGCUCCGGGCAGAUGCUGGGCUCGGGCCUGGGCGCCGAGAUCGACCGCGCCGAGUGCGUGCUUCGCAUGAACCAGGCGCCCACCGUGGGUUUCGAGGCAGACGUGGGCCAGCGCAGCACCCUGCGCGUCGUCUCGCACACGAGCGUGCCCCUGCUGCUGCGCAACUACUCGUACUAUUUCCAGCAGGCCCGGGACACCAUCUACGUGGUGUGGGGCCAGGGCCGGCACAUGGACCGGACCCUGGGCGGCCGCACCUACCGCACGCUGCUGCAGCUCACGCAGAUGUACCCGGGCCUGCAGGUGUACACCUUCACUGAGCGCAUGAUGGCCUACUGCGACCAGGUCUUCCAGGACGAGACGGGCAAGAACCGGAGGCAAUCCGGGUCCUUCCUCAGCACCGGCUGGUUCACCAUGAUCCUGGCCCUGGAGCUGUGUGAGGAGAUCGUGGUGUAUGGGAUGGUCAGCGACAGCUACUGCAGAGAGAAAGGCCAUCGCUCUGUGCCCUACCACUACUUCGAGAAGGGCCGGCUGGACGAGUGCCAGAUGUACCUGGCGCACGAGCGGGCCCCGCGGAGUGCCCACCGCUUCCUCACCGAGAAGGCCGUGUUCUCCCGCUGGGCCAAGCAGCGGCCCAUCGUCUUCGCCCACCCGUCCUGGGAAGCGGAGUAGCUGGGAGUAGCUGCUGGUACUCUGGCUUUGGCCACGCCCACGUCAGACCACGCCCACCUGGACACGCCCCCACCAGGCCACGCCCCCUCUGGCAAAGGGCCUGCCUAGGCCAUACCCCUGACCUGACCUCACUCUACUAGAACAUUCCCAGAGGGAUCCGCUACCCCAGGGCACUCUGGCUCCCUUCCUGCCAGCUGGAGGCCAGCAGCCCCUCUGUGCCUCCAGACUUGGGGAUGAACAGGAGGAGGAGGGUCAUGUGAUUUCGGCACACCCCCCCCACCUCUGCUUUUCUGGAAUCAUCUGGAUGAUGUGUAAGGGUUCAGGCCUUGGGGGGGGUGGUGUCUGUGCAGUGGCUUUUGCCCCAGGGCGGGUUGCGCCCCUACUCACCAGCAUCAUGAUCUUGGACCUUGGGCCAGCCCUAGGACUCGUUCUCCAGUGCUCCUCUGCCUGCCUUUGGUGCCACCCUUUCCUAGCCGGCUGCCCAGAAACGGGUUCGUUGGUUGAAGGGGACUUUCAGCUGUGACUCAGGGUUCGGGGGGAGGCGGUAAAUGAAUGUUUUCUUGA